AUGGUGAGGAUAAGUACCAUGGAUUGGCUUGGGCAAUCGCAAUAUGCUUCUCAAACUGUGUUCUGGCCAUCUUUGUCGUCAGAUCGGGAUGGUAAUAUUCUCCAAGAACGCAACAGUGAGGCUGCUUGUAGCCUACUGGACACACUUCAUCCCAAGCACCGAAAAAUACUUGAAGAGCCUCCUGUACUCAAACAUCCUCUGCGCGUCUUCGAAAUACAACCACUGCGGCGACAAGGUCGAGGUCAGGUACUACACUACUACUUGGUUCCCGGGUACAACGAGACCGGACCUGCCUUGGCUCACGGCGCCCCGACGGGGAACCGUUACCCCGACUUCACCCGGGUGAACCAUGGCAAGUACGCCGUCAGCGAUGUGAGGGCGAACAUCGGCACCAGCAACCUCAUCUGGGACUACUUCUACACCACGGCUGGAGUGAGCUUCGCAAUGUACGACCCCUCCAUUGUUUCUCAGCUGCAGGAUGUCUUCGGCGCGGAUUGGGAUUCUCCUUACACCAUGCCGGUUAAACCUCUGGAGGCGUCCAGGUUUUUUUUCGUCCCACCACUUUCGCCCGGGUUUUUUUCGUAG